UCCCCGCAGUUGAGUCAGAAUAAGGGAAAAGAAUCAAAGCAUGCUUUCCCAUUCACUGGAUGGCAAAUUCCGCCACUUCUGUCAAGAAUCGUUACUCGUUAACCAUCUUCUUGUUCCUUGUUUUGUUCCUCUUAACCAUUUUCCUUUUCAGUAAACGCGCUCUCGAGCCUCCGCUCUCCCUCUACAGAGAUUUCUUUCCACAAACCAAUGUUCACCUUUCCACGCCCGAUUCCAUCCCUUCGGACACCCCUUACCAACUCAUAUCUCUAAUUUCUGAAAACGGUUCCAAUGCAAUUUCUGGGGAAGUCCCUGUUGGAAAAGAGGAAGACGCCAUUUCUGAUUUUGAGUUUGUUGGUGCAUCCACCCAACUGCCGACAUCUCCGUCUUCUCCAGACAGAACUGUAGAAUCUAAAGCUUAUGAUGAGUCAAUUAAUGAGCAAAUCUCAAGCGAAGAUAAGGAAGACCAAGUUCCUUAUUCUGAGCCUGUUGUCACUCUGGGUGACAAUGGUGCUCAUAAAUUGAUUCAGAAUGGUAAACAUUGUGAUUUGUACACGGGAACUUGGGUUAAGGACGAGGAAUACCCAAUUUAUAGACCGGGUUCUUGUCCAUAUGUUGACGAGGCUUUUGAUUGUCAAAUCAAUGGAAGGAAAGAUUCGGAUUAUCUUAAAUGGCGAUGGAAGCCGGAAACUUGUGAUCUUCCCAGGUUUAAUGCAACAGAUUUCUUGACAAGAUUGAGAGGUAAGAGGCUGAUGUUGGUUGGAGAUUCCAUGAACCGGAACCAGUUUGAAUCAAUGCUAUGCCUGCUCCGAGAAGGCCUGUCUGAUAAAAGCAGAAUGCGUGAAAUACAUGGCCACAAAAUAACAAAGGGAAGAGGCUAUUAUGUCUUCAAAUUUAUGGAUUAUAACUGUUCAGUGGAGUUUGUGAGGUCACAUUUCCUUGUAAGGGAAGGGGUUCGCAUCAAUGCACAGGGAAACUCAAAUCCAACUUUAUCCAUUGACCGAAUUGACAAGACAUCAGGUCGGUGGAAGCGGGCGAACAUUCUUGUUUUUAAUACUGGGCACUGGUGGACUCAUGGAAAAACUGCUCGUGGGAAAAAUUACUAUAAAGAAGGUGAUUAUCUCUAUCCACAGUUUGAUGCAGUUGAGGCUUACAGAAGGGCUCUGAGGACCUGGGCAAAGUGGAUUGAUGGGAAUGUAGAUCCUGUGAAGCAGUUGAUCUUCUAUCGAGGAUAUUCAUCUGCUCAUUUCAGAGGUGGGGAUUGGGACUCGGGAGGGUCAUGUAAUGGGGAGACUGAACCAAUAUUGAAAGGGGCCAUACUCAAUAACUACCCUUUGAAAAUGAAGAUAGUGGAGGAGGUAAUCCGGGAAAUGCAGAUCCCAGUGAAACUAUUAAAUGUGACAAAGUUGACCAAUUUUAGAAAGGAUGGACAUCCAUCAGUCUAUGGCAAAAAUCUGACUGCAGGGAGAAAAAUUUCCACAAGGCGGCAAGACUGUAGCCAUUGGUGUCUUCCAGGGGUUCCUGAUGCAUGGAAUGAGUUGAUAUAUGCCACACUGGUUUUUGGACAAACAGUUUCCAUGAGUUAGAACAACAAUGCAUGUUUUCCUUCUAUACAAAUUAUGUUUUUGACAAAAUAAUGAACACUUUUUUGGUUGUAUAAACUAUGGUUGUUCAAGUCGUGCAACAGCAUCCUCUGACAACCACCCUGAUGAUGUGAAGAAAAAUCUGCAUAUGGUUCGCAUUUAUGUGUAUUGUUCCAAAUGUUUGAAUGUCAUAUGCACAUGUACGAACAUCCGUAUGGGGGAGAAGAUUUUAGCUGAUGAUGUUGGUGAAAUUACCA